AUGAAGGAAGUUAAGAAAUACCAGGAUAAGAGGAAUGAAGGCAAACUAAAAUUCCAUAUUGGCGGUUGUCUACCAAUGCUUCCGGUAAUUUACAUGGACCACAUUGACAUCCCAAGAGGAUGUAUAGUUGAUCAUACCAUCGAUUAUUCUCUGCCACGGGCUUGUUUUGUGAAGGAGUUGGAUUUCACCGCUGUUAUUGCAGUUGAUACCAUUGAAGAUGGUUUCGGGAAGCGCCCUCUCCACUUCACCUUACGCAACAACCAAGUUUAUGUCAUACAUAGAGCAGCUUGCCAAGUUACCAACAAAGCUAGUAUGUCCGCAACAGAGAUUCCCGAUAUGGUUGGUGCUGAUGGCGUCCAACAACCAACAGAAGGUGCUACAAACAAAGCUGAUGGCACAACACGGAAUGUGCAUGAGCCACCUCCGAAAAACACGGAGGGUGGUGAUGAUGUGUGUGGUUCUUUGGAGGACUGGCUGCACCCUCUACCAACAUUUGACGAAUUAGAGCUGCCCCCACACAUGCGUGCUAUAUUCAACAAGCAUAAAGACAUCCAUGCUGCAGAACUUAAAGGUGCAUUGAGCUCAUUUGGGAGUUUGUUGGAGGGCAUCUACCUCAAAAGAAUGGGCCUGAUGUUGUCUGAAGCAUCCAAAGCUGGAUUUAGGAGUGACGAAGCGAAACAUGAUGUCACUUUUCAUGCAGCAGGAGCUCCCGCUCCUGGCAUGUGCAAAGCAACUGCUAAUGACUCGUCUCCGCAACAGCAGAAGAAACGGGAUACUAAUACAGGAACUGUCAAUGCAUCUGUCACAAUUUCAUCUCCACAGCAGCCCAAGCAGCCUAACAACUUGGAACAAGAAGCAUGUAUUGAUGAUACAAUAGAGGAGGCACAGGUUGAAGUCAGCAGCGGGCAAGGCCAUGAUCAGAAGCAUCCUACACUUAAGAGAGCUGCACCGACCGAAUCAACCGCAGCAAAGUUGCCAAAAAUGAAGAAGAAGAAAAUUGAUGCAAUGGAUGAUGCGAUAUACCAGAGGUACUGUUGUACCAAUUAUAAGAUAAAGGACCCACCCCGAGGCGAGCCACUCCCUUCGUUCAUAAGGAUAGGUGGUUUCGAUAUUUCAUUCAAACAUUUCAGCAACGGGCUCAAAAAGCGGGCUCAUGUGAACAAUGAGGUGAUGUCACUCUAUAUUGAAAGUUUCAACAUUGAGCACAUGUACAGUUCAAGCAAGCCAAGGAAGUUUGCAUUCUCAGCACAUGUUGCUGUGAGUUAA